UUAUCGGUCCAGCUGAUUUCGUUGUGCUGUUGUCAAUAUUAAUUUGCGCCUUUUGGUGUUAGUGGUACAGAUUUAAUAAUCGGUGUGUUUGUUAAAGGGAUUUUAAAACUAAAAGUGCUUUUCACCAAGUCACAUUCCAGCGAUUUUUUUUCGAUUAGAAAAGAACUUAAAAAAUGAAUUUACCGGAGUCUGAUAGCGAGGAUGAGCUGCCCCCAGGUUGGGAGGAAAGGGUCACUGUGGAUGGAAGUGUAUUUUAUGCAAACCAUUUAACGAAAAAUACCCAGUGGACACACCCCAGGACUGGGAAGAAGAAACGGGUUUCUGGGGACUUGCCUUUCGGUUGGGAGAGAUGCAUAGAUAAAAAUACGGGGAAAGUUAUAUAUGUGGACCACGAAAACCGAAGAACCACUUACACAGAUCCGAGAUUGGCCUUUGCUGUUGAAGAAAAGGAACACGUUAACGAUUACAGACAAAGAUUUGACGCUUCCAGCACAGCACUUCAGGUGUUGCAUGGUCGUGAUCUGAACGGGAAAGUAGCGUUGAUAACCGGCGCGAAUGCUGGCAUAGGGUUCGAAACGGCCAGAUCCUUAGCCAAGCACGGUUGUACCGUCAUUUUCGCUUGCAGGAACUUGGCUGCGGCUGAGGAUGCCAUCGGCCAAAUAAGGGACGAGAAAGUCUCUGCCGGGGACAAUUGUAUAGCUAUUUACUUGGAUCUCAAUUCGCUCUCUUCUGUGAUUCAGUUUGCAAACACAGUAAAAAGCAAAUAUGACAGAAUCGACAUGCUAAUACUAAACGCCGGAGUCUUCGGCUUGCCGUUUAGCAAGACGUUGGACGGAUUUGAGACUACUUUCCAAGUUAACCACCUGUCACACUUUUACUUAACCAUUCUCUUGCGUCCCUUACUAGUUAGCGGAUCGAGAGUGGUACUGGUUUCUUCCGAAUCUCACAGAUUUUCCAAUUUAACCCCAGAAAACUUGUCUCCGCUAACCCUAUCCCCCGAUUCGGCUAGCAAGUACUGGGACAUGAUGGCCUACAACAAUUCGAAACUGUGUAACGUACUCUUCGCCAGACAGUUAGCAAAGAACCUGCAGACGUGCGGCAUAUCCGUUUUCAGUCUACACCCGGGCAAUAUGGUGUCGACGAAACUGUCGAGGAACUGGUGGCUGUACAGGCUUCUGUUCGCCAUCGUCAGGCCUUUCACGAAGUCCUUGCAGCAGGCCGCCAGUACUACAGUGUACUGCGCCACGGCUCAAGAGCUGAUCGGGGUAACGGGGGUAUAUUUCAAUAACUGUUACCAAUGCCAGGAGAGCGCGGCGGCGAGAAACGACGAGCUGGCUAAGGCUUUGUGGGAUACGAGCGUGGAAAUGAUACAGAGCGUUCUGGGGAAAAACGCCCCUGGACUGGAGCACGAGAAUAAGAGGAGUCUGGAGGAAUAAAGGAAAUUUUAAGAUGAUGUUUCGGCCCAUGUCCAGUUCGGACAUCUUUCAGUAUUACAUAUCUGUUCUGUAAUCAUCUCGCUAUUGUUACAAUAAGAGUCGUCUAUAGGUGUGUACUUGUCAUCAACGCAUUUGGCUGUUCUCCUCUGUAUCCCCCCUCCACAUGUUUUGGUACACUGUAAGUGGUAAAACAGAACAAAUUACAUUUAAUGAUAUUUUCGAGUUUGUAUAGUCUGAACACCAGAUUUAUGUGAUAUUAUUUUAUAACUUUAAUUUACCGUUACAAAAUCGACCAAUAUAGAGUUUACGUAACAGCAGUCAUAUAAUAUAUUGUACAAGGAAACGUACAACUGUCAGACUGAUGUAAAACGAAACACCAAUGUCUAUAAAAGAAUGUUUUUAUGUUGGAAAUUAAAUAAUUGUGAAAUAUAUGUGAAUAUAA